AUGAGCGUUCACCAUCCUCGGCCUGAGCCCAAUCCUUGGAAGAACGAUAGCCCAAAAGAACUAAUUGACCGAUGCUGGAGCAUUCUCAGCUACAUUCCUUGGAUCACCUAUCUCAAGUUAUGGGAGAACGUUUUGCUGUUUCUAACAGGUCCCCGAAACGAUGCUCUUCUAUACGACCGCAAGAUACCGCAAUGGGUGCAGCCAAGGCCCAGUCUUCUUCGACUAUCUCAGCUGUGCUUUUCUCCCGUUCCCUUGCAAUCUAGUCCAGCAACAGCUCCACUCCUAGUCAAGCUAGUCUGGGAUACGGACUGGGAAUUUGAGGGGAAACCGCUGUGUUGGAGACACCUUGCAACGCUCGCAGUUCAGAAUAUCAAUCCCCCCAAAAAAGAUCAUAUUAUGACGCAGGAUCCUCGACUGUGUAUAUCUGCUGCAUCUUUACGGGAUGUUGUUCGGCGGUUGAUGGAUUGUGGUAUUCAUGGACUCAACUUGCAUGCUCUGACGCUAUCGUAUCACUCGCGUGAAGAUAAUUGCUAUUAUCAUUAUGAUGCCCUUCGAUCCCAGUGGAAGGUGCUGAAAGGCAUGUUCUCAGAUCCUGACAACACAAAUUUCGUGCUUAAGGUCGUUCUAGAAGCUCAUUCCGGGAAGGGAGACAUCUUCAUGGAGAUCAUACAAGGGCAAUAG